AUGUUCUCCUGUGCUCAGUUUGAAAGUCCAGUGACUCCAGGAUCAUCAGUGGGCAGAGUGGGAAAGAGAGUGAUGAAGGAGCUUGGAAGCUCCCUGAAGGUUGAAUCUGGAGCUUCUCUCAAUAAUAAUCUAAACAAUCUCUUUCAUGUUAAUAUAAUGCAAAAUGUUCGAUCUCUUGCCCUGUCGCUGCAGGCUGGCAUGAUUCGCACGGACAAGGACGAGUUCUUCAUUGAACCUUUGGAGAAGGGAGCCCAGGAGGAGGAGGAGGGAGGAGGCAGAACGCACGUGGUCUAUCGCAGAGCAGCAGCCAAGAAGCAGCUUCCUAUUGAGAAUGCAGAUACCCUGUAUAAAGCGGCUAACCUCACUAAUUUGGACAGUCUCGACAGCGCGUGGAGCUUUAUUGAAGACCGAGUGCAUAGAUUGAGGCAGCGCUAUCGAAGGCAUGCGACGGAGGAUGAUUACAACAUUGAAGUCCUUCUGGGGGUCGAUGACUCAGUUGUUCAAUUCCAUGGCAAAGAACAUGUUCAGAAGUACCUGCUGACCCUGAUGAAUAUUGUUAAUGAAAUUUAUCAUGAUGAGUCCCUGGGUGCUCACAUUAACGUUGUCUUGGUGAGGAUAAUCCUGCUGAGCUACGGCAAGUCUAUGAGUCUGAUAGAGAUUGGGAACCCUUCGCAAAGUCUGGAGAACGUGUGUCGCUGGGCCUACUUGCAACAGAAACCUGACACUGGGCACGCAGAAUAUCACGACCACGCUAUCUUUCUCACGAGGCAGGAUUUUGGUCCAUCUGGCAUGCAAGGCUACGCUCCAGUCACUGGAAUGUGUCAUCCUGUUCGAAGCUGCACUCUCAACCAUGAAGAUGGUUUUUCAUCUGCAUUUGUGGUGGCUCAUGAAACUGGACAUGUUUUAGGCAUGGAGCACGACGGCCAAGGGAACAGAUGUGGGGAUGAAGUCCGCCUGGGGAGCAUCAUGGCCCCCCUUGUGCAAGCCGCUUUUCAUCGCUUCCACUGGUCUCGUUGCAGCCAGCAAGAGCUGAAUCGAUAUCUCCAUUCCUAUGAUUGUCUGCGUGAUGAUCCCUUCGAACAUGACUGGCCUUCCCUUCCACAGCUGCCAGGAAUUCACUACUCCAUGAAUGAGCAGUGCCGUUUUGAUUUUGGUUUGGGCUACAUGAUGUGCACAGCUUUCCGUACGUUUGAUCCCUGCAAGCAGCUGUGGUGUAGCCACCCUGAGAACCCCUACUUCUGCAAAACAAAGAAAGGGCCUCCGCUGGACGGGACCAUGUGUGCACCAGGAAAGCAUUGCUUUAAAGGUCACUGCAUCUGGCUAACACCAGACAUCCUGAAGCAGGAUGGACACUGGGGAGCAUGGAGCAAGUUUGGCUCUUGUUCUCGCACCUGUGGCACCGGGGUGAAGUACAGGACGCGGCAGUGUGACAAUCCACAUCCUGCUAACGGAGGCCGGACGUGCAUGGGGCCGAGCUAUGAGUUCCAGCUGUGCAACACUCAGGACUGUCCUAAGGACUUCGAAGAUUUCAGAGAGGAGCAGUGCCGGCAGUGGGAUCCUUACUUUGAGUACCAGAACACAAAACACCACUGGCUCCCCUAUGAACACGUCGAUGCUAAGGAGAGGUGCCACCUGUAUUGUGAGUCAAAGGAAACAGGGGAUGUGGUGUAUAUGAAAAGGAUGGUACACGAUGGGACCCGCUGCUCCUACAAAGACGCUUACAGCAUCUGCGUGCGGGGAGACUGCUUGAAAGUUGGGUGUGACAGGGUCAUAGGUUCCACAAAGCAGGAAGAUAAGUGUGGUGUUUGUGGAGGAGAUAAUUCCCACUGCAAAGUGGUAAAAGGAACAUUUUCAAGAGUACCAAAGAAACAAGGGCACAUUAAGAUGUUUGAAAUUCCUGUUGGUGCAAGACAUUUACUUAUACAGGAAACAGACACCACCAGUCAUAAUCUCGCAAUUAAAAAUCGUGAAACGGGGAAAUUCAUUCUAAGUGAAGACAACUAUGUGCCAGACUCUAAAGUAUUUAUUGACAUGGGUGUGGAGUGGGAAUAUCGGAAUGACGAUGAUAGAGAAACUGUGCAGACCAUGGGGCCACUGCGUAAUGGAAUAGUUAUUCUGGUGAUUCCUCACGGUGGUGCCAAGAUAUCUUUGACUUACAAGUACAUGAUCCAUGAAGAUUCCUUGAACGUAGAUAACAAUAAUGUUUUGGAAGAGGACUCGGUGUCAUAUGAAUGGGCUUUGAAGAAAUGGUCCCAAUGUUCAAGACCUUGUGGAGGAGGCUACCAAUUCACAAAAUACGGCUGCCGGAGGAAGACAGAUCACAAGAUGGUUCAUCGGAGUUACUGCGAGUUGAUCCAAAAGCCUAAGCCCAUUCGCAGGGUGUGCAACCUCCAGGAGUGCUCCCAGCCCAUAUGGGUUACAGGAGAAUGGGAGCCUUGCAGCAAAAGCUGUGGGAAGACAGGAUAUCAAGUACGAUCUGUCCGAUGUAUACAACCCCUACAUGAUAAUACAAAUCGGUCUGUUCAUACCAAGUACUGCAACAACGAUCGUCCAGAAGGCAGGAGGCCUUGCAACCGGGAGCUUUGCCCAGCGCAGUGGAGAAUAGGACCCUGGUCACAGUGCUCUGUCAGCUGCGGCAAUGGCACGCAGGAUCGCCCGGUCCUGUGCCGGACCAGGGACAAUGCUAUCGGCUUUUGUAAAGAAAAUAAACCAGAGACUGUAAGGAUUUGCAGACUACCUCCGUGUCCAAGAAACGUUUCUGAUCCUUCGAAGAAAACCUACAUGAUACAAUGGCUGUCAAGACCUGAUCCAGACUACCCCAUCCAGAAAAUAUCUUCAAAAGAUCAUUGUCAAGGAGACAAGUCAAUGUUUUGUCGCAUGGAGGUUCUCUCGCGUUACUGCUCGAUUCCUGGUUACAAUAAGCUGUGUUGCAAGUCCUGUAAUAUGUACAGCAACAUAACAGAGGAAGGCAAUGUAACCGAUUCUAACGUAAAUAAGAACAAUGUCAUUGAGGAGGAGCUCCUGACAACCCUCAGCCCUCCCACGGGAGUGCCCACCACACAGUCUACCACCACCAGCCCUCCUCCCGUUCCCAAAACACAUGCACCUCUUUCCAAUGCAACUGAGGAGCACCCAGAAAUCAAUGCCGUGGAUGUUCCCUAUAAAAUCGAUGGGCUGGAUAAUGAAGUACCGCAGCACAACAUCAUUACACGGAGGAGGAUACCUUAUGAAAGGACAAGGAAUCAAAGAAUUCAGGAGCUGAUUGCUGAGAAAAGGAAAAGAGAGACUCUUAGAAAAACAAACUAA